GUAGUCCGUCCCUCCCUCCCUGCCUCCCUCUCGCCACACUCGCCACACUCGCUUCCCGCCAAAUUCGCUGCUGACGUGAUGUGACAUCAGCGCGCUAAAAGCGUUCAGGUUGGGGAAAUGUGGAGGGAGAUGGAGAGGGUAGCGAGGUGGUUGGUGCUCUCACUGAGCUUAUCCUGAUGGGAUGUGGUCCCACGUGUACUGCAUUGAAAUCCAAGUUUUGCAGUGACCUCAUUACACGUCAGGAUGCAGGUGGAUAUCAUCAAAGCCAAGGCACGUUCCCGUGAAGCUGGACAGCCUCAACGACCAGUGCGUCCUUGCAGGGCUAUGGGGCAUUCAGCGAUCCUGCUCAAGGACAUUGAAAUCAGCAGAAGGUAGUCUCUCCUGGUCUUAUUGCUGGCGAGCCAGCGCUCACAGGGCCAGAGAGGUGCGGUAUGGUUGACGGUGCCUGGCGUGCAGGUUGAGGAAAAUUAGACUAGAUUCUAGUAUUAUACUAGGUCAGUAGUAUUUUUGGCGGAGAGGAUUGAGGCUAUAAGGAAAUGGAGACGACCGUCAAUGUCGAGGAUCCUUAUGGGCCACCACCACCAAGUGAAGACCCGCGGCCCCUUUCCCGACGUAUUGUGGAGGCUACGUUGGUGUUGAACGCACGGCGCAGGUUCCGCCUCCUUUCACCUACCUUAAGCCGCCGCAGCAGCUUAAACCACGAGGGAUUAAGCCGCAACAGCUCCAGUCAGUUCGGAUCGGGGCGGAAAACCUAUAUCGCUCCCGGUAAGUUUGCGUACCGUCUGCUGCGAAAAGUACGGGACAAAAAUGCACCGGAGGUGACAGCAGCAAGAAAUGAAGGGUUCCCUGAUAUGGAUGCAUUGUACUUGGCCAAGCUGAUGGAGGACAAGAAUCUGGACCAGCUUGCAUUCCUAGGAGACGCCAAUGGCGUGUGCCGGUCUCUGAAGGUUGAGAAGAUGGUUGGUGUGCAGGAGGAUGACAUUGAAAGGCGUCGACGGGCGUUCGGAUCGAACGCGCCCGAGAGGAAGGUGAUGAGAGGGUUCUGGUCGUUUGUCUGGGACGCGAUGCACGACUUCACGUUGUUCAUCCUAGCAAUCUGUGCCCUUGUGUCUGUGAUCUUGGGUUUGACAGCGGGCGGAAGCAAUUCCGAAGGGUGGUCUGAUGGACUGGGCAUUGCAUUUAGUAUUGUGCUGGUGGUGAUGGUUACCUCGCUGAGCGACUACAAGCAGUCGUUGAAGUUUGCCAAUCUUGAGAGGGAGAAGGAGAAGGUUUUCGUAGACGUUGUAAGGGGGGGCAAAAGGAAAAAAGUACUCAGCGCUGAGCUUGUGGUGGGAGAUAUUGUGCUCCUGGGUGUAGGGGACCAAGUGCCGGCUGAUGGGCUCCUCCUGGUUUCAAACAAAUUAGUCGUCGACGAGUCGAGUUUGACAGGAGAGAGUCAGCCUUCGCGGAAAGAUGCGCGGCAGAAACCCUAUGUGUUCAGCGGAACUUUGGUUAUGGAGGGAACAGGCACGAUGCUUGUUGCUGCAGUUGGCAUGAACACGGUGUGGGGAGGUGCGAUGUCGUUAGUCGACACCACCAUUUGCGAGCAAACACCGCUCCAGGAAGAGCUCGACCGAUUGGUCACGAAGAUCGGGCAGAUCGGUGCCUCCGUUGCUGUGCUGGUACUAGUUAUCAGCGUUGUCAGAUAUGUCUGGUGGAAGCAACCACUUGGGUUCUGGCAGUGGGGUUCGGAACAGUGGUUAGAUGUGCUUCAGAUCUUUGCUGUGUCGGUGACGAUUGUUGUUGUGGCGGUCCCGGAAGGUCUCCCUCUCGCAGUGACCCUCACUUUGGCAUACUCCAUGGAUCGUAUGAUACAGGAUCGUGCUUUGGUGCGGCAUCUAUCGGCUUGCGAGACGAUGGGGUCGGCAACAACGAUAUGCAGCGAUAAGACAGGGACAUUGACAUCGAACAAAAUGACCGUCGUUGAUGCUUGGAUGUGCGGCAGCUCCUGUGGGAAUGUCCAAGCCUGUGUGCAGAACUUGAGUGCAGCCACCAAGGACCUGACAAUCGAGGGAAUUGCAUUCAACACGUCGGGGGAUGUGAUUAUGCCUGCCGAGAGCGACGCGCCUCCGUCCAGCUGCACGGUCAUUGGAAGUCCAACGGAGGCCGCUAUUCUCAGCUUUGGUUUGGACAUCAACGGGCGGUUCUCCGAACUGAAGAAGAAGCAUAAACUCCUGGCUGUUGAGCCCUUCAGUUCGGAGAAGAAGAAGAUGGGCGCAGCAGUCAAGUCCACAAGAGGAGACGUCUGCGUGCACUGGAAAGGUGCAUCAGAGAUAGUCUUGCAGAUGUGCGACAGCCUCCGAAUGCUGGAUGAUUCCGUUAUACGCCUGGAUGAUGCCCUACGUCGUCAAAUCAAGGACGUCAUCUCCAGAAUGACGGAAAGGUCUCUCCGAACAAUUGGCUUGGCGUACAAGAACAUUGAUCCCAGGGGCUGCCCAUGGGACCUGCAGCAAGCCGAAGACAUGGCCUGGAAACUCCCUCAGGAUGACUUAACGUUCCUCGGGGUGCUGGGACUACAAGACCCCCCCCGUCCUGGUGUCGCUAAGGCUGUUGAAACAUGCGAAAAGGCCGGGAUCGCUGUCAGGAUGGUUACCGGAGAUAACCUGGGGACCGCAAGAGCAGUGGCCAAACAGUGCGGAAUAUGGAAGCCGGGGGAUUUAUGCGUGGAAGGGCCAGUGUUUCGGAAAUGGUCUGAUGACCAGAAGCGGGCCUUUGCGGGCGACAUAAAGGUAGGGGAAACUCACUUCUAUUACUGUAAUUUAUUCUAAUUACAAAAAAAAAGGCAAAAACAUGCAUGUCAAUUCUAACUGCCAGAGCCCACUGGUGCUACGUUGGUUGUGCUGACUUAGCAAAAACUUUACCGUCUUCCCCCGAACACAACGCACCCUCAUUUUGACUGUAUCGGGCUAGAAACAUACCUUCUAUUCGUUCAUUUUCAGGGUGUGUUAUGUUUGGGGGAAGACGGUAGUCCAUUCAAAACCUGGUCGUAAAGGUGGCCAGAUUCAUGCCUGUUACUAUGUUUUUUCUGCUGAGUUAGAACAAAAAUAGCCCCAGUAG